AUGGCCGACGCCCUUGCCUCACAACUCAGUAAUACCAAGCUAGGGGAAGGAAAUCCGGAGGCAAGAUUGCAGGAAUCUCUCAACUUACCCCCCAAAGAUGCUCGACCACAAACUGAGGAUGUUACUGCCACCAAAGGCCUCGAGUUUGAAGACUUUUACAUCAAGCGUGAACUAAUGAUGGGCAUUUUCGAGGCUGGGUUCGAGAAACCCUCUCCCAUUCAGGAAGAGACGAUACCGGUUGCUCUCACGGGCAGAGAUAUCCUGGCUCGGGCAAAGAAUGGUACUGGGAAGACUGCCGCUUUCGUCAUUCCUACCCUCGAGCGCAUCAACCCCAAGAGCACGAAAACCCAGGCUCUGAUCCUGGUCCCCACACGAGAGCUUGCCCUUCAAACAUCACAGGUCUGCAAGACGCUCGGGAAACAUCUCGGCAUCAACGUCAUGGUCACCACUGGUGGAACAGGCUUGAUGGAUGAUAUUAUUCGUUUGAAUGACGCUGUCCACAUUCUCGUCGGAACUCCCGGAAGGGUGCUCGAUUUGGCCAGCAAAGGCGUGGCCGAUCUGUCGGAGUGUCCCACCUUUGUGAUGGAUGAGGCGGAUAAACUUCUGUCUCCCGAAUUCACCCCGGUCAUUGAACAACUUAUGUCGUUCCACCCGAAAGACCGCCAGGUUAUGCUCUUCAGUGCCACAUUCCCUCUCAUUGUCAAAACAUUCAAGGAUAAACACAUGCGCAACCCCUAUGAGAUCAAUCUCAUGGACGAACUGACCCUGCGGGGUAUAACUCAGUACUAUGCAUUCGUGGAGGAGAAGCAGAAGGUUCACUGCUUAAAUACCCUGUUUUCGAAGCUCCAGAUCAACCAGUCGAUCAUUUUCUGCAACUCAACCAACCGUGUGGAACUCCUGGCCAAAAAAAUCACCGAACUGGGGUACUCCUGCUUCUACUCUCACGCACGCAUGCUGCAGCAGCACCGCAACCGCGUGUUCCAUGACUUCCGCAAUGGCGUGUGCCGCAACUUGGUCUGCUCGGACCUGCUUACCCGCGGUAUUGAUAUCCAGGCCGUCAACGUGGUCAUCAACUUCGACUUCCCUAAGAAUGCUGAGACCUAUCUUCACCGAAUUGGCCGCUCUGGGCGUUUUGGGCACUUGGGUCUUGCCAUCAACCUGAUCAACUGGGAUGACCGGUUCAACUUGUACAAGAUUGAACAGGAACUGGGCACUGAAAUUCAGCCCAUCCCUCAAAACAUUGACAAGAAGCUUUACGUGUACGACUCGCCGGAAAACAUUCCCCGGCCCAUCUCCAACCCCUCCCAGCAGCAAGCUGUAGUGGGGGCUUCACAUGCCGGCAAUGGUGAGCGUCAGCCUCGUCGCCAGAACAACCAUCCGAAUGGCGGACAGUACUACAAUCGAGGCCGGGGUUCCUACCGCGGCGGUCGAGGCCAGGGUCAACGCCGUGGUCCCCAUGAUCCCAACAGGUUAGCUCUUGCCCAAGGACAGCCAGGGAGUAAGCCGCAGGCGCCCGUCUCCUAA